UUGGUAGUGGAACAGCUGUCUAUGUUUUGAUUACGAGAUUGUGAAAUUAUCAAAUAUAUUUGUGCUCUUUCACAAGCAUGGCUUUUAUGUUGCGGCAGCUAUCAAAGCCAUUGGCCCAAAGGAACAUGCUCACAUUGGGUGCAACGACUUGGCGGCAAAUGGGAAAGGAUGCAUCUAAUGCUACAGCAGUCGCUGCAAAUCCAACCGGACAGCAGCAAAUUCAAAUUAGCGAGAGUUGCAUAAAACGCCUUCGUGAGAUCUGCAAAGAUGGCACUUUUCUACGCGUUACAGUAGAGGGUGGCGGCUGCUCCGGUUUUCAGUACAAAUUCGAUUUGGACACAAAAAUAAAUGAGGACGACUUGCAGUUUGGGGAGAGCAAUGCCAAAGUAGUGGUAGACACCGUCUCGCUGGAUUAUUGCAAUGGAGCCACAUUGGACUAUCAUUCUGAGCUAAUACGAGCCGGGUUCCGAAUGCUGGCUAAUCCGUUAGCUGAACAGGGAUGCUCUUGUGGUUCUUCAUUCUCAAUUAAAUUAUAAUUAUUGUUAGUCAUUGAUGGGGGAGUAGAAAUUGUACAGGAGUGCGUCAUUAUUUAGUGAGUUAUUUAAUAUAUAUAUAUAUAUAUAUGUUCAGCUAUAUA